AUGUCGAUUAUCGAGGCCUCUCCACAAGGUACUUCGUACCGGCCGGUAGUGCCGAUUAAUCACGAUGUCCGUCAAGAGGUAACCAUCUACUUUGACGAGGAGUUGUGCAACGGUGCUAUUACCCUCCUCACGGAUCUUAUUACGACAGGCGCUUCUUCUCCAGGCCCUCAGAAUCCGAUAUAUGCCCCUGCACCAUUUCACAUCGAGCUUGCGAGUGCCCUCCUUAUACACCCUCGACACACCAACCAGGCUCCGGCGCACGACCGGAUAGAACUCGCAUCCCAAGCAAUAACUUUUCUUCGAAAUCUUCUCGCCAUUGUCGGUCCUCUCAAUGCCAACCUCGCAGAGGCCUUUUCAUUCUCCGGCCAGUCCAAUCGGUCAUCAAGAAGGAGUCGGAAUGCCCUGGAACUCGAUGAUGGUUCGAGUAGUUCUGAGAACGAAGAUGGUUCCGAGAAAAUCAGAGGAGUCAUCGCCAACAGGGGCAGAAUUCGAAAUUGUGCAAAGGAUUUCUGGCAUAUGGUCGGCUGGGCAUUUAAUUGCAGUGUGAGAUACCCUAAGAGAUGGAAAUACUGGAAAGUCUGGCUGGAUUUUAUGCUCGAUGUCCUGGAUGCAGAUUGGAACGAGCGUCAAUCGUCAGGGUUAGACUCGGGUGUGCAAAACUCUCUUCUUGUGAAGUACCUGUCUGAAGCCAAUGGGAGGUCGAGUGCAAUGAAGCGAGUGGUGAGGGCUGCAUUCGCAGAUGGAUCUGUUGAGAGUUUGAGGGAGUUUCCAGAAGUCUUUACGAAUGAAACCAAGGAACUUAAGAUUCACAAUGGCCAGAAAAGGAAAAGGGAAACCCCUAUAGAGCGGAAAUUUGGUGGUUACCAGGACGAGGAGGCGGAGUCGGAGUUGACAGACCAAACUUCUCAAGAUGAGGAUUGUAUACCAGAGAACGACCCUUGGCUUGGAGGGCCAGAAUCCGUUACGUUGCGUCAGCGCGUCAUUACUCUGCUUUCUAGGGUUGCUGAUGCUCAGCCAGAACACUUCUGUGACUGUAAAUCCCUUUAUGAUGCCGUGUUUUCAAGCAUCAAACCUCUCCCGCUGCCAGCGUUCUCGCUGCUCCUCUCAUCGAGCCGCUCAUCACACCUCGUGCUAGAGGCUUACGUAUCGUUGACCCAAGUGAUUCUCCUGCCACUACUGCCAAGCUCGGCCCCUCGUCCCCACGAGAUUUCGAAUGAAGAUAGAGAUGAUUUGACGCAAGACGUACUUGAGCGUUGUUAUCUGCCAUUUCCAGCUCUGACUUCAUAUGCCUCGGACAACGCUAAAGUCUCUAUCCUGGUUGAGAAUCUCAUGAGAUUACUCUUCAGGGAAGGCGUACUGUGUCAUACUCCGACCUUGGACGCAGCGGUUAAAGCAGGUAUCGUGGCACGUGAAAACAAGUCCAAGGUCGACAAGAGAAAGAAGGAUAAUGGCGUGAAGGGGAAAGAAGAACAGAACGACUUAUUACAUUUGAAGGCGAGUGGGCAGCGGCUGAAGAGUCUUUUGUCAUGGAUUGAAGAGCAUGACAGUACUUGAUCCUGUCAGUGAGACUGCAGAUUGGCAGAUUUCAUCAUACAAUUGAGUUUGCAACAUCCAUCAUUCGGUGGAUGUCAUGAGCAUGAGAAGGACAUCGACAACAUAUUUUCACCGGUCUUUCAGUGGCCCCUCGUUCUACACCAUCCUCUGGCUUCCCUUCAAGAACAACAUCCAUCAAUCCUUGUGUUCGACAAUCCACCAAACCCUUCUCUGUCAAGCCUAGAUCCGGAACGGCCACCAGACCCACGAAGCUCAUGAUCAUGAAUGGCGACUUCAUUCUACUCCCCAAAAUGGAGUGUACGGCUUCAACACAAGCAAUAGAAUCAUCUCGAACCAUUUCCCAUGGCUCAGAAGACAUGCAACCAGCAACGUCAAGUCGAACAGAGCCAAGAAUCUGACCAUCCGCUACAGCUACAAAUCCACCACCGAUCGUGAUUAUUGCUGAAACCGCGUCUGCUAUCUCUU